AUGGACAUUGGUGGUCCAACCAAUGUCCGACACGUGGCUCACGUGACCUUUGAUCGCUUCAAUGGUUUCCUUGGACUUCCUUCUGAGUUCGAACCUGAUGUUCCUAGAAAAGCUCCUAGUGCAAGUGCAACAGUGUUUGGGGUUUCGACGGAGUCUAUGCAGUUAUCAUACGAUUCGAGAGGGAACUGUGUUCCUGUGAUACUUUUGCUAUUACAGAGCAGGCUAUAUGAUCAAGGAGGCUUGCAGGCAGAAGGAGUAUUCAGAAUAACAGGCGAAAACAGCGAGGAAGAGCGCGUAAGGGAGCAGCUAAAUAAAGGAGUGAUACCAGAUGGGAUUGAUGUCCAUUGUUUAGCAGGACUUAUUAAGGCUUGGUUUAGAGAGCUACCGAGAGGGGUGCUUGAUCCUCUACCAUCAGAGCAAGUGAUGCAGUGUGAGACAGAAGAGGAUUUUGUUAAGGUUGUGAGACUUUUACCUCAAACAGAAGCUUCUCUUCUCAAUUGGGCGGUUAAUCUCAUGGCUGAUGUUAUUCAGUAUGAACAUGUUAACAAGAUGAAUUCUCGUAACCUUGCUUUGGUCUUUGCCCCAAACAUGUCUCAGAUGGCAGAUCCGUUAACUGCACUGAUGUAUGCGGUCCAAGUGAUGAAGUUGCUGAAGAGCCUCACAGAGAAAACUGUGAGAGAUAGGGCAAUCACGUCUUCCCAGGUUGACGCAAGACGCAGCAACAAAGCCGAAGAGGAAGAAGCAACAGAGAGAGUAAGUGUGGUUGCUGAUGAACACAAGUCAGGAAGCAUGAAGAGCGAGUUUAAGGGAUCGGGUCCUUCGGAUUCAAAGGGAGACGAUGCAGUUGUGCAGCCACCCAUUUCCCAUCCGAACCGUAUAGGAGGCAAGUGA